GUGAGCCGGCGGUGGCCCGGGAGAACAACUGCCUGACAGCCGCUAAAGCCUGCAACCUCAACGACACGUGCAAGAAGUACCGGUCGGCCUACAUCAGCCCCUGCACCAGUCGCGUCUCCACUGCCGAAAUCUGCAACAAAAGGAAGUGCCACAAGGCCCUGCGUCAGUUCUUUGACAAGGUUCCUCCAAAGCACAGCUACGGCAUGCUGUUCUGCUCAUGCCCUGUCAGCGACCAGACAGCAUGCUCUGAACGCAGGCGUCAAACCAUUGUCCCUGUCUGCUCGUACGAGGAAAAGCAGACGCCAAACUGCCUGGAACUGCAGGCCUCCUGCAAGACCAACUACAUCUGCAGGUCCCGACUGGCUGACUUCUUUGUUAACUGCAUGUCAGAGCCUCGCUCGCUGUCAGGCUGUCUGAAGGAGAACUACGCUGACUGCCUCCUGGCUUACUCUGGCCUUAUUGGCACCGUGAUGACCCCCAACUACCUGCGCUCCCCCAAAAUCAGCGUCUCUCCCUACUGCGACUGCAGCAACAGCGGCAACAACAAAGACGACUGCGACAAGUUCACUGAGUUUUUCACAGAGAACACCUGCCUCCGUAACGCCAUCCAGGCCUUUGGGAAUGGAACAGACAUCGGGAUGUGGCCGCCAAUAUCCCCCAUCCAGACCACCACCUCCAUCACCACACCCUACCAAAGAAACCGUGACCGCAACUCCAACAACAUAGACAACCACAUUAAUGCUGACUCCAGCCUCUACCACUUCUGUGGCAACUUACAGGCUCAGAAGCUGCAUUCAAACGCCACUGUUGACGUCUGUUCGUCUGAUCCACAGGCUCCGAAGGUAGAUGGUCCAAGCGCAUCCAACGCCAUCCUGAGAGACUCAGCCGUCUGCAGACAGUCCGUGGGCGUCACCUCCCUGCUGCCCCUGCUGCUCUACUUUGGAGCACGAGGCUACUUGUAGCCCUGCUCCUUAAAAUCUACAAAUUAUGGACUAAGAAACUCAUAUUUGUAUAAAAGAAAGCAAAACAAGAAAUGAUAUCCUUUUUUUCCCCCCCAGUAACUUCUGUUGUACUUUGGUUGACCCUGGAUCUUUUGAUUUACACUUUUUUCCCCCCAUCUGUUGUUUUUGCAUUGCGGCUUAGUGCUUAAAGGGUGAAUUAUUAGGCGUUUUAACUUCAUUUUGGCUGUUAGUUAGACAUGUGGAUUCAAAGCCACUAUGAAACUGCUUGUGCAGGCAGAUGUGACAAAAAUACUCUGAGGACCACGAUUCACUAAUGGACAAGCAAAGACCCUUGGAACACAAUGUAAAUUAAAAUCCGUUUUCAGAGUUGUCCAUUGAAGUUUCACCCAUGUCUGUUUGUGUGUUGAGGCUAUCGGUGGGAUUGUUUGCUUAAGAGUCACAGUACGUUCAGUAAAAGCUACAACUUAUCACUCGGGCAGCCUUUUUGGUGUUGUUCAGUCUCUUAUGUGGUUUGUGUAUGUUUUGAUAAUGAUGUGCUCUGGUAUUUUACAUUUUUAUGAGCUUAAUGACAGAUUCCAAUGCACAUUACCUGCUUAAAGACAUCCCAAGAGUUUUAUCAUUCGUGCCCAAUAUGUCUUUACUGUAGCUCAUACUGAACACUAAUGUCAUCUGAUAUAAGCACACAUGGCAAAGUCCCACAAGCAUUACACACAUUACACACGCAGACAGUUAAAGCAGAAUACGGACACAUGCAUGGAUAAAGUAGCGGGCCUGUUGCUCCCCGUCUUUACACCUGGACUCAGCCAUUGGUCAAAGUUGGGUGCACUCAUCUGUUACUGCAUAUGCCUAUAAUUCUCCAUGCUUUAGUUUCUUUAUAGAAGGUGACAGCAAAGCUGCUGAACAAUCAUCUAACGGUUGGAUCGCAUGCACUUUCUGUCUCUGAGCCUGGGAGAACAAGAGAUGCCAAAUAAAUAGGCUUAAAGUUGUCAACCAUGUCCGACUCUCUUGCCUUAAUCCCCCCCAAAAGUCUGCGCUUCCUUACUGUCUCAGAGCGUUUUAAUUGACCAUUUAAUGAAAGCUUUCAGCCCCACACCCUGUGCAAACUGGGAAACACAACAAACAAGGAUUUCCGACCAGAAUCUCAGUUUGUUAGGCGGUGUUAUAUUUUCUCUGGUCAAAUAAUGACCAUAACCAGUUUUUACGGUGCCUUGCAAAAAGUAGUUCCACCCCUUGAACUAUUUAACAUUUUUCCACAUUACACCAGUAAACAUUACUGUAUGUCAUGUGACAGACAGGCACAUAGUCAUGCAUAAUUGUGAAGUCAAGAAAAAGUAUACCCGGUUUUAACAGAAUUAAUUUCUUCUUCAGUUUUUCCGAAUGGCCUAAGCUCAGUUUAGUUGGUUGUGGAGCAUCUGCAAACAGUAAUUCUUCAGUUUGGUCAAAGAUUCUUAAUUUGACUUGGAUUGGAUUUUCAACUAGGCCACUCUAAAACAUUAUUUGAUCUAAACCAUUCCAUUUUCACCCUUAGCUAGUAUGUUUGGGUUUAUUAUAGGGCUAUUAAUCUGUUAAAUAAAAUUUACUAUCCAUCCAUCCAUUUUCUAACAGGCCUAUUCAUUGUGUAGUUGUCAUAAAACGUACAAAUUACUCACAAAUCUGUUAAAACAUUUCGAGUCAGCUUUUAAUAGAUAAUUUAGCUCAUCAAUUAAGCCAUCAGCUCAACAAAAAAUUACUUUUAAUGUUGUUUUUUACCUUUGAUAUACUUUUGAAAAGCUGUGAAAUAAAACAGUAGAUUGGCUGUGUUUGACAUUUGGUUAAAACAGCGUCAUCCACUGUCACUCAGUCACAGUGACUGCUCACUGUAAAGCGUGUGCAGUGUAAGGCAGAUGUUUACAUGGAAGUCUUGCAGCUGCUGUCGUGUUGUUCCAGCUGCUGUCAUGUUUCAAGCACUGUCUGUCCCAAGUGCUGUAAACUUUUUCUCCGUCGUCCAUUCUUGUGUGACAGCCUAGAUGUGCUGGGCACCUGCCUGUGCAUACUGGCGCUCAGUAUAUCAUAUUAUCAUUGGUAGCAGAAGUCCAAUGAUCGCACGUGAGAGGGACAUAUGAGAGGACAUAUUUAACAGGCUUUGCGUCGUUGCUUUCUGGUUUUUCAAUGUCUCCAUUCUGGACCUUAACGUUUGCCCUGCAGAUGAAUGAUCCUUUUCAUCACUAGCUUGACUGAACAAAUGGAAGCGUACAGCAAUGCAGAAGUGAAUUUUCGAAUUAUUUUAAUGCAGCAAAGUAAAAAAAUGUAUAAAAUUAUGCAAAUAGUUAAUGCCACCAUUUUAAUAGCCCUAGAUUAUUUUGCUUAAAAGUGAACCUCUAUCUCUGGAUUAAUGUCCAUUAUUCGCUGCUAAAGAAAAGCAUUCCCAAAGCAUGAUGCUGCCGCCUCUGUAAAUCACAGUGGGCAUAGGUUCAAGGGGUGUGAAGACUUGUAGCAAGGUAACAAGGCUCAUUAGGAACCGUAUCUAAAUGGCAAAACGUUUGAUGACUACACUGUAGUCUGCUCAGUACGUGUCUCUGUAAAAGUCACUUUGAGCUCACUCAGAUUAGGUUUCAAGUCUUUUUAGCAUAAAGAUUGAUUUUUACACGGUGCAAUCCCUCUGCAAAGUUAAGGUGCGUUUCAAUUAUAGGCAUUUUAAAUUUAGUAGCUGUUUCCUGCUUAGAAACUUCACUUAGACGCUAACAAUGCAAAUACUCUGAGACACCAGAAUACAUUUUUUGUUGUUGAGAAAACAAUACCAUUGUCCAGUUUACACGGCAGUAGGGAAGUUAGUGGUUCUACACACUAUUCAUUCAGUAUUGAGACCAAAACAUAGAGGAUGAUCUAUAAUAUUAUUGUGUUAAUUAUGUUUUUUGAUGGAACAUUUUAUCCUUGGCUCAGUUCGUGAAAAAGCAUAUUAAUGUAUGAAUUUGUAUUGACUGCAGAAAAACAACAUCCUGCCAAUCAGGAAAUGACCAACCACAUGAAUAAAACAGCCCUUAUAACCAAAGCAUUCUUCCAUCUUACCCGGUUACAUCUGCUGAGCUUUGACUGGUCUGUCGCUGCCUUUAGCUGGAGCUGAGCAACUAGUAAACUUUCACCUUCAUCCUCCGUUUUCUUUUUGUCAACUUGUGUCGUUAACAUGAGAUUUGCAGGACGUUUAAAAAGAGAAAUCUAUUUGAAAAGCAUCACGUCAUCACAAGCAGCGCUUUAAGUGGCGGCACCUUUUUGGAACUCUGCAGAACACACACACAGUCUCUGAUUCCUCCCAGAGGAAAUCGAACCUUUUCCAUGUCAGACCUCCGCCCAGCUUGUGACCAGGAUGUCACCUCGGCAUGUUGAGCUUCUCUCUUCAACCGGUCAAACUACGACGGGAGCAUUUAAGACUCGCUGCUUAGGUUCGUGUAGCUUCUCAGACCACAGCUAAUGUAUAGUAGAACCUCAAUGUUAUUUACCGAGCAUAAACACGGUAUAUGCACUGUAUGUACUUGGCUGAAACAUUUGAAUCAGGCAAGUUAAUGUCUAAUAAUAUUCUAUUUUGGAGCAUUGUGAACUAUUUCAACUUUCAAAUCCAGCUUAGAGUAGAAGACAUAAGCCAGGAUAUCGUUUUUUUUUUUUUUUUUUUUGUAUGCCAACCUUAAUGUAUAUUUCUCUCUUUAUGUAUAUGAUUAUGGAAUAUUACUGCAUCUGAGAAAGAGGAAAACCCUCUCCUUGUAGUUAAAACAUAUUGUUUGUAUGAUAAAUCCCAUUUAUGAAGUUGCUGGAAUGAGCAGUUCAUUUCUUUCUGGCUGAGAUUGACACUUAUUUUUCUAUCUUUUAUUUACUGAUUUGUUUUUAUUUCGAUGAGCUGAAGGGAAUGAGACGGACCCUGUGUUUUCUAUGCCUGCUUCAGGCCGAUAUUGUAAUUAUUUUUGGUUUCAACUAAUUACAUUCAUGAUGAUGGGCAAAAGGAAAAACUUUGAUGUUAAAAAGGGAGUAAAUCAAUAGAAGACCAUUCCAUAGUGUACCCAGAUUUAACAUGGAGACUCCUCAUAAGGUGAUGGUGAGAAGUUUGGAUGGAAAAUAUUGAGCAAAAAAGCUGUCCCAUGUUAAACUUCUCACUCAGAAACAAUUCUGAGAAGGUUUCUUUUAUUUUCUAUAUGAAUCCUAAUGUAUCCUCCCAGAUUAUGGAAGGUAAGAUUAAACUAUUUUUAAAAAUGGUUCAUCUGAGCUCUGAGGAGCUGAUUAACUGAAGAUGGCUAAACAUGUUUGCUGUUUAUCACCAUCCCAUCCGUCGCCUGGAAUGACCAGAAGUUGCUACUUUCAAGACGAUGACUCCCUUGACUGUCCGGCAUCAUUAACUUCCUAGCUUGUGAAAAUGUAAAAUUUAUUGUACAAAACUUCUAAUUAAAAACUGUUACUUCACUCAAA